AUGCCGCGCAGCACCGACCGCUGUGUUUCCCGCAAUCCACCAGCAGCCCAGCUUUACACCAGAUCCACAAGCAGCCCAGCUUUACACCAGACCCACCAGCAGCCCAGCUUUACACCAGACCCACCAGCAGCCCAGCUUUACACCAGAUCCACCAGCAGCCCAGAUUUACACCAGAUCCACCAGCAGCCCAGCUUUACACCAGAUCCACAAGCAGCCCAGCUUCACACCAGACCCACCAGCAGCCCAGCUUUAUACCAGAUCCACCAGCAGCCCAGAUUUACACCAGAUCCUCCAGCAGCCCAGCUUUACACCAGACCCACCAGCAGCCCAGCUUUACACCAGAUCCACCAGCAGCCCAGCUUUACACCAGAUCCACCAGCAGCCCAGCUUUAUACCAGAUCCACCAGCAGCCCAGAUUUACACCAGAUCCACCAGCAGCCCAGCUUUACACCAGAGCCACUAGCAGCCCAGCUUUACACCAGAUCCACCAGCAGCCCAGUUUUACACAAGAUCCACCAGCAGCCCAGCUUUACACCAGACCCACCAACAGCCCAGCUUUACACCAGAUCCACCAGCAGCCCAGCUUUACACCAGAUCCACCAGCAGCCUAGCUUUACACCAGAUCCACCAGCAGCCCAGCUUUAUACCAGAUCCACCAGCAGCCAAGCUUUACACCAGACCCACAAGCAGCCCAGCUUUACACCAGAUCCACCAGAUCCACCAGCAGCCCAGAUUUACACCAGAUCCAAAGCAGCCCAGAUUUACACCAGAUCCACCAGCAGCCCAGCUUUACACCAGAUCCACCAGCAGCCCAAUUAUACACCAGAUCCACCAGCAGCCCAGAUUUACACCAGAUCCACCAGCAGCCCAGCUUUACACCAGAUCCAACAGCAGCCCAGAUUUACACCAGAUCCACCAGCAGCCCAGAUUUACACCAGAUCCACCAGCAGCCCAGAUUUACACCAGAUCCACCAGCAGCCCAGCUUUACACCAGAUCCACCAGCAGCCUAG